AAAGGAUAGCGAGGAAAAGAGCUCGGCGAGUUCUCCAGGAGUCCAGGGAUCUGCGGUUUUCUGGAGAGAAGGAAAAAUCGGAUUGAGAUCACUUACUGGUUGACAUCUAGAGUGAUUUGAAUUCUUCAAGAUAUUUUUAGCGAUGGAGGUAUUGCGCAAGCGCAAGAAGACGACGGAAGGAAGCACUGAGGGAACUGACGCAGGAGUCGAAGCUGGCGUGGAAGAAGAAAUGAUGGCCACGGCUGGUUCGGAUGAGAUGAUCCAGGUGUCGGAAGAGAUGGAGUCAGACAUUCAGCGCAUCCUGGAGAAGAUCGAUCGCUUCACUCAGCAGGUUUCGGAGAUGCUUGAGACAGGGAAGCAACUAUUCAAGGAUCUCAGUUCUGAGUUUGAAGAGCGUAUGAUCUUGAUUCAUCGGGAGCAAAUGGAGAAAUGGCAGGAUGAUAUAAAAUUGCUACGCAUGAUCGACUCUACAAACGAAGCUUCUAGGGCUCUCCUGCAGAACGCUCAGCUUCAUUUGCUGGAGAACGUCCGUGAGAACUGACAACCCUUUUUUUUCGGCAUUUAUAAGUAGCAAGAGACAAUUAAAACACAAAAAUUGUUUAGCCUUUCAGCUCAAAAGCUUCCAAAAUCUAGCAGAUUGAUGUUGUUAAAUUUGUGUUGCACUGUGGAAUGUUUUGAA